GUGUUGACCUGUCUGUGCCCUUUCAAAUAUUGCUACCAUUUGAAACGUAGUCUGCUUGGGGGUACCAUUACGCACACUUUUCUAACUCUGCAUACCUAUCCUAAAGCAAAUGAAUCAUAUUAUUUCGCAGUUGUACUGGUCAAGCAACUGUUUUUCUUCCUUUUUGCCAAUUCACGUCAAUUUUCAGGUUAUAUAAGGGACACCAAAGCGCUGUAAACAUGCCGGAACACGAGUACCAAGGCAUUAUGUUUCCUGGUGAAAUUUCUAAGGAAACUUUGGAUGCUAUUCCUGACUACCCUGUCCGAGAUGACGAUAUUUUCAUCGUGACCUACCCAAAAACAGGUACGAACUGGAUGAUGGAAAUAGUGAGCAAGGUCAUGAAAGCUGCAGGAAAGAUGGCUACUCCUGAAGAACACUCCAUGUGGUGUUUCGAACUGCAGAUGCCAGGGCUUGACGAAAAACCACGUCACGAACUUAUAAAGGACGCGCCAUCUCCACGUAUAAUCCACACACACCUACAACGGCAGCUGGCCCCCAAAAUGGUCGCCAAUCCAACAGGAAAGAUAAAAGUGAUAGUAGUGAUGAGGAAUCCAAAAGACACGGCUGUGUCUUUUUACCACUACGAGAAGAAAAUGUUCAAGGAGUACAGCCGCCCCGGCGAUGUUGUCCCUAAACGUUACGAAUCUUGGGAAGCCUAUGCAGACAACUUCCUUAAAGGAAAAGUCAUUUUUGGUGACUUCUACGACCACGUCCUCGGCUGGUGGCAGAUGAAGGAUGACCGCCAUUUUCUCUUCCUGAAGUAUGAAGACAUGAAGAAGGACCUGCGCAGUGUGGUCAGCGAAGUCGCAUCCUUCCUGGAGACCAGCCUAGACGACGCUGCCGUCACCAACAUUGCCGAUUCAUGCACAUUUAACACUCUAAAGGCAGCCUGGAGCAAUUCAGGAUCAGUUAUGAAAGAAAACAUCUGCAGAAAAGGUGUCAUUGGCGAUUGGAAGAGCAUGUUCACACCGGAGAAAAAUGAAGCCUAUGAUGACAAGCACAAGCUCAGGCUGGCUGGGACUGGUCUGGAGUUUGAUUUUGAGUAGUACCACGCAUAUGUGCGUGUAGUAAACGUCAGGGUAGAGAUCGCGGCCAGGCAAAGUCACUGAUUCUGCCUGUACCAAGCCAUAUACAUCACUCUGCCAAAUACAUGACUCCCAAAUCAGGGGUUUCUAAUAUGAGACAAGGGGUUUGAGGGGGUUUAGUUGUGAUGUGGUAGACUAAACCCAACCUAUCCCCAAUCUUAAGUCUAACCCUAGCAAUGAUCCCAAUUAUA